AUGACCGACACUGCCAUCACGCGUCUACAGAACACGCUCAAGUGCGAUCUCGCCCGUAAAAAUCGCAUUCAACGAGCUUGCCUUCUCAAGCGCCUCUCUCAAUGGCUGUGGUCAAUAUGGGUGAUUAAUAGCCCCGAGACCCCUGCAGCUCUGAUCGAAUCCACCGAUCGCUCGAAAUUCACCAGCGCGACGUGCGCGACACGUAAAGCCCCCUUCUAUGCAUAUCCUGUGCCGGAUCGUCCACCUGCCGACACUCCCUCGCAUGACUCCCAAUCUGGUCAGUCGUGCAAGGCCUGCAAGGCCUGGGGCGUACCGUGCGACCAAGUCCGGCCCCGCUGCUCGCAUUGUCUCGAUCAGCAGAUUCUUUGUUUUUAUGUUGGCCCGACCCGGAAAGCCACGAGAAAGUCUAUCCGAUCGACGAAACACAAUGAAGUCAUAGAUCCAACCCCACGAUUGCAGCAGGAAGCGUAA